AAAAAAGUAAUUGUUCAUGAUUUACAUUUUAUCUAUACACACACAUACAGACACAGCAAUUGAAUUGCGUACACAUAAGCCCAUAGUUAAGCCAUUACUAUUUACAUUUGGCAAUCAAAAAAAAAAAAAAGCGGAGAAAUCGUAUGUUUGUGGUGAUAUCCGGGAAGAUUUACUGUGGAUGGGUCUAACCGAUUUACGGUGGUGUGUGUUUGUGUCGUUAUAACAAGUCAAUUAUUAGAAGCCGAUGACACCGUGUCAUUAUCUCGAUUACUGUCAACAAAGCAUCAUCGCGAAACACCCACGCUAACAUAUGUAGACGAGUGCGAGUUCGAGUGAGUGUAUGUAAAUUAACGCGUUAAGAGUAAUAUCAGCUUAAAUAGUUGAACAUCUCAUUAUCCCUGCAAUAACAACACACAUUCUUUCCCAUCCUCGCCAUUCACCACCCGUCAAACCAAACGGAUUAUGAAGUGAAAGACAACUAUUCUAAAAAAAAACGAAUUAAGCAUAAAAGUAAGCAUAGCAUGCAUUGGGAACUCGUGAAAACAAACAAACAGCGUGAGAGCAAAAAACCAGAACAACACAAACAAAUAAACCUUCACCCUGUAGGGAACCAUUCAUAGUGUGGCACACAGGCAAAACAAAAACUUCCCCUCAUCCUGUCUACCAUCCACCCACCACAUUUGCAGCAACGUACUACGGCUGGUUUGCAUAUCCUGGCUGCAGGGAAGUAAGAAUGAGCGAUGAAAACGUGGCGUUAAUCGCAAAGUGCAUAAAAUGAGUGAAUGCAUGAAUGGCAUGAGUAGCAGUUAACAAAACGGCGAAUAAACGAAUUACUCUGCUUUUGAAGCAUCCAACCUACCCCACACAGACUACCUGUCCAGGACAGCCAAGCCAGCAACCACUUUGGAUGCACCCUCAACGACUAGGGCAGCCGAUGCAAAUUCUGCCGAGCAACAAGCCACUUAAGUCCAACACUUGCCACACCAGAUAAUCAUGUGAACAGUCUUUUCCACCAGCCAUAGAAAAAGUUUGAAUACCCGUACAACACAGGGACAACAACAAACAAAAGCGACUACAAAAGACUAAGCGAGCUCUUUUUCCUGUCACUAAAUGAGAAAGGCAAGCAGUGUAAUCACAUCAAAAGGUCCUUCAUUCUUUUUAGCAGUCAACGACAAGGCAAAAAAUACAACUGAUGGAGUGGAGCAGCUCAUUGUGUGAAAAAAGGCAGUAAAAGUGAAAGUGGACUGCUAAACAUAAGUAAUACAAAUAAAAGCAACAUAAAUAAUACAAAUAAAAACAACUUUUACAUACAGAAUUGAAUAUUUAACGUACAUGAAAUAUUGUAGAUUAGCAUAAAUAUGCCGAUUGCCACACUGAUGGUGCCACCACACACAAACCUAUCAUAAAUUUCCCACAUUCCCCAAAGUAAAAGUUUUUGGGUUAUGCUUGUUGGCUUAAAAAAAUAACUUUCCAUCUCGUCAAACGCAAAAAGGCAGCCGACAGAUCCUUUUUCGGGGGAAACAACACAUCUGAUGCAUCAUAUAAAUUAAUUAAUUAAUUAAACAUUACACAAUAACACAUUACUGAAGGAGCUCAUCAACGUCAUCCGCCCCAUAACCAAACAAUUGCCUCCAGGGAUUCAUGCAUCCCAUGGCAAGAGUAUGAUUAUGAUUUGAAAUCCCAAACAUACAAGAGAUGGAAAUUUUCAACUUAAUAAAAAGUCGUAAGAAUAUCCUCCUCGCCUGACAAUACCACGACGUACAGCAGCAUAUAUUUUACAAUUCUAAAACACCUACUAAAAAAAUCAUAUUAUUUCCUUGUUAACAAUAUCUUCUUAGUGCGCGAGUGAACUCAAAAGUGUAUGUGAAAAACAAGCAAGAAUUAACUACCUCUGAAUCUCCGACCGAUUAAAAAAGUUGAACCCUAACAACAAAAAACUUAUUUUUCAUCUAUAAAGCGUAACAAAAACUAUACAAUAUGGGAAAAUUGGAUAAUUGGCUGCUUAUGAUAUUAUCAAUAUUUUUAAUAGAUGUGCGACGUGUAUGCUGUUUAUUUGUGACUGAUUUAAAUGUUCCGGAAAUUGUUGAUUUUCGCGAUAACGUCACGCUAUCCUGCAGCUACGAAAUGAGUGGUCACACAUUAAACUCUGUCAAAUGGUACAAGGAUAAAAUGGAGUUUUUCAGAUACUCUCCCAUGAUGCACCCGGUGUAUAUAAAAUUUCCCGUCACGGGUGUUCAUUUGCCUGACGGCAAAUAUUAUUGCAACGAAUCGGCGUGCAAGGUGGAGCUGAGUACGCUCAGUGCAAAAUCAUCGGGCGUUUAUAAAUGUGAGGUGUCAGGAGAUGCACCUCAUUUCCAGCUGGCUGCCAAAGAGGACAAUAUGACAGUGGCAGCAUUGCCGCAAAGUGAUCCACUGAUCGAAAGCUUUAAUCCUAUGUAUCGCAUGGAAGAUUUUCUCAGUGCUACAUGCACCUCAGAUUAUUCCAGUGUACCCACAAGGCUUACAUGGUACAUCAAUGGUGAACAGGCCUCCCUCGGCGAACUGCAACCAAAUGUGGACACAAGCAUAUCAGCCCAUGGUUAUAUAUUAAGGCGCAUUAAGCUCCAAGUGCAUUUUUACUUGAGUGGACCCCGUUUCUUUCAUGCUGGUAAAAUACUCAACCUCAAAUGUGUGGCUGAAAUUGAAAAUUUUCCCGACCUUUCGCGUGAAACUUCAUUGAAUGCUGUCCUGAUUCCCUACGACAAUCUUAACAACCAAAUGCUAAUUCAUGCUGGCUCAAGCGGAUUUACCAAGAGUCCUUUUAUUGCAGUCCGCAUAACCUUCAGCAUUAUGGUUACCACAGUGAUAUUCUCAACAAUUUCCAGCUUAAGCAACUUAUGAUCUCCUCAAAUUAUGAUGACGUUUAUUUAAAUCAUAAAUUAUUAACUUUAAACGAACAAUGGAGGAAGCAGAAUUAGAAAAACUUACCAGUAUAAGCACAAGUAGGCGGCGUCGUAGGAACUUAUUGUGUUGAACUUUGCUCGGGCAAAGUGGUGUUGACGACGACGAGUUGGCUCAGAAAAAGUUUAAAGACGAAGUUACUAUAUCAUAUUAGUUAGUCUAUAAAACAAAAAGAAUAUCCGAAAGGCAAAAACCAACGCAAGGUCUAUGCAGCCAAGAAGGAGAAAGUAAAAACAGAAACGAACAUAAAAUGUCAGUUCUUAUGUUGUUUUCAUCAUCAAUUAUAACUAUUUUUAUAUAAAUAUAUAUAUAUUAUUCUUUUUGUAUAUAUGUACAUCAUUAUCAUCAAAAGUUUAACAUGACAUGACAUGACACAUAACGAGCAGAUCAAGGUUUGAUUGCAAUCUGGAGUUGACUUAUGCGAUUCCAUGUGAUUCGAUGCCAUUAAGAAUGCCACAGUAAUUAAACAUCAGUACCAACGGAAACAAAGCUAUCGAUUUGUCUUUAAGUAAGACAUUUGGAAUUAAAACUUAUUUUAAUUUAAAAAAUAAAAUUACUGGCUCUCAAA